UGUGUCAGUGAAUAUUUUUUAUGUGAAAUAUUACCAGUACAUUUUAUCAAUAUAAAGGCCAUAUGUCAUUACUUCUGAUUUUCAGCAUUCUACUAGUUUGAUUUUAUGACUUUUGCACUUAAUGUGAUUUGAGUUGACCAUGAUUUAACUUCCUUUAUCUAACUCCUGCUUUGUGCUGUUCAGGGGCCCACCUAGCAGGAUCAGCUGUGCAUGCAAAAAGGCAACGGGCUCAACUAAUCCUGCGAUGGUGGCCCACAGUCCAAACUGUAUCAUGUAUUUAGGGGGGGAAGGAGAUGGCAUAAAGGUAGCACAGGGAGUCAGUGGUUCCAUAGUUGACAAGGGAUCCAUUUUACGCUUUUUACCUUACUUGAUAUGUGGCAUUCAACAUGGUUGUCAAGACAUUGGAUCCAAGUCGUGCUCAAUGUUGAGAUCCAUGAUGUACGCAGGUGAGCUCAAGUUUGAGAAACGCACAAUUUCAGCACAGCGUGAGGGUAAUGUUCACAGUCUUUAUUCUCAUGAGAAAAGAUUAUUUUAAAAAUUACAAAUACUAUACUGUAGAGAUAUACACAUAUUUUGGAUGAUUGAAACUGCUGAAAACAUGAGACAGUGUGUAAAGCAUCUUAUCCAGUAUCAAAAUUGUUGUCUUCAUAUUUAUGCGCCAUGGGUUGUUUGCAUUGUUAACUGAACUGCUGUCGGGUAAAUCAUUUUAAUGUUAUUUUAUUACAGACGUAGGUGAAAUGUGUAAACUAUUUGUUGAAUUACAAUACACAGCAGUUCCUUCAAUAGUGGAAAUAUUUUUAAAUGUAUAUACAUUCAGAAUGUGUUUACUUCAUUCCAGAAUGACUAAGUUUUAUCUUGGUUUUUGACUGACCGGAAAGCAUAUUUAUUUAUAUCAGUGUACUUAAAAGUAGUUAUUAAUAGGGUCACUUAGUGUUCCAUAGGGUGGUGUAACCAUCCCAUUGUAGUUCAUUCAGAUUUGAAUGAUAGGAAAAUUUUAAUGCUUUUUAAUUCUGCAAUAUUGCUUGUGUUUUAGAAUUAUUUUGUA